AUGUUACUUGGUUAUUUUCAUAUUUGGAUUAAGUAUUAUAUAGGAUAAUCAUAAAUAUGUACAAUUUGCUGCAACUUCAUGAUUUAAGUAAAUGAAUAAUAGGGGAAAGUAUGGAAAGGCAAGGAGAUGGAAAAAUUUAUUUAUUAUUUGAAGAAAAUUAAACUUAGAGAUUAAUAAAAAAAAAUAAUUAGGAACUGCAAGAUAUAUAAUAGAUAAAUUAGCAUUGAGAGUUGGAAAUGA